AACAUUCAGCUCUGUGAUUUUUAUUUCCCCAGGCUUAACUGGAGAAGGCAUAAGUAAAACGAUGUAUUGAGCGGGAUUCCGCGAGACCCUUUGAGUAGAAUGGCUUUACAACCUCUCACAAACGAGCAAUUAAAUUACCUCAAGUUUACCUUCGUCGUGCUCAAUGAAUUCCCCAAGGCUUUACGCCAAGCUUUCAAACAGAUGUGGAACAAUACCUUCGUGUCACUCCCCGGUUUCCAGCCCUGGGAUGACUCUAAUGCAGUACGUAACUUGUUCUUAAGUACUGAGGGUGGAGUAACCAAGGUCCCCACACAUAUCUCCUACGAAGAAUGGGAUUGUACAGCCCUGAUCCAGGCCACCAUCUAUGCACGUUCCUUUGCUUUGCCAGACAGCAAAGGCCAUCACAGGGUACUCCAUGAUUUAUACUUGAAGCCCUGUAAGUUACCACGUGGUACUUUCCAUUCUUCUGUAGUUAGCCCCACUGGAGAUAAAGCAGAAACCUUUGCAUUGGCGAUCGAUCAGCUUCGAAUGUUGAGAAAUUCACUCUGUCAUUUAAAUAAAUCCGAAUUGGACAAAAAAACAUUUGAUCAAUAUAUUCAACUGGCUAAAGACGCGACCAAAGCCCUGGGAGUUAGUAUUGGCCCCAUUGAUGCAGUUGGAAGUUUGACUGAGUCUGACUUUCCUACCGAGAAAGUUCGGAAGUUAGAAGAUGACUUCAGAACAGAGCUUCAAAAAGGAAACGAAUUCCUCAGAGAAGUUAAGGAUGACUUGCAGCUUCUACAGCAAUCUCAUCAGGAAGGUGCUGAAGACCUAAGGAAAACAAUCAAAUCUGAAAAUGCUGCUACCCACGAAAAGAUUGAAAUCAAGUUGGCAGAGUUUCAAGCUCAAAACAGAAUUGUCAGGGAAGAUGUUAAAGAUGAGCUACACAACCUACAGCAAUCGCUAAAACAAGACACCGAGAACCUGAAAGAGGCAAUCGCUGCUAGUCAAGGAAGGAUUGUUGCCGAGUUACGCCAAGAUGUGAAAGAAUACCUAAUAAAGGAGCAAAUUCCAGGAUUUAGACCAUAUACUUCACGACUUAAUCUUCCUCCCAACUUUAUUGGCCGCGGAAAAGAAUGUGAAGAGAUUAUUGGUCACGUGACUUCGGAUUCGACCCGUUUCGUAUCAGUCUGGGGGUCACCCGGGUUUGGAAAGACGUCUACCGCAAUCGUUGUUGGUCACCAGCUUCAAAAUCGCGGUCUACCUGUCUACUUUAUCUCACUGCGUGGGCUUAAGUCAAAAGGUGAUUUAACCUCAAAGCUACUCAGCCACUUUCGAACCGGAGACUCGGAAAAUCAGAAUUUGACACCUGCCGAUGAAAUUGGUUUCAUUUUUCAAAGGCUAUCGGAUCCAUGCGUGUUGAUUCUCGAUAAUGCCGAUGAUUUGCUUGAAUGUGGCGAGCCAAAUGUAAAAGAGGAGACUGUGAAUCUGCUGAAAGAUAUUCUCAACCGUAGCGAAAAGGUCAAACUUCUUUUAACCACUCGGGAGUCAUUGGCCUAUUUGGAUAUGUCCCUACAUGGACACAAGUCCAUCAGAAUAGGAGAACUCGACAACUCAUCCUCAAAAGAGUUAGUGGAAAAAGAGAGUGAAAAAACAAAGCUGUUGCUUUCGGAGGCCAGUAAACUUCAAAGUUCAACGGCUACCAUUUGUCCUGAAGAGAAAGGCAAACACUUGUGCUACUCUGGCAUCUAUCAGCUUGUGGUAGGAAAGACGGAAGAUGGAGUAAGAAGUUUACGAGAAGCCAUUUCCCUUCUGAACAAAACUGCUGAACACAAACUUCUGAGACUUAUGAUAUUUCAAAUCCUCGCUAUUUUCUAUCGAUGCGCAAAAAGCGAUUACGAGAUGUCAACCACGUUCUAUGAUAGAGCCGUGCAAGAAUGCAGAGAAGCAGGAGACAUGCAUUUAUUAGUAAUUCCGGACAAUGAUGGAGAACCAAAUUAUGGGAAUGAAGACAGAGUACCCUCAAGUACAGAAAAUCUUGGAAACGAACCAGUUCAAGUUGCAGUGACCUAUCUUUUGAGCAAAGCUAUCGCAAAAACAUCUUCAGCUGAAAUCAUUGAGUUUUCAAUCAAGUUACUGUUCGGAAUGCUUCAAGGCAUUGAGUCAACCAAUGAAAUGACCAAACCGGGCUGGUUUAAAUUUGAAGAAAACACCAUUAGCAUGCUGAGAAAUUCGCAUAAUUAUCAGGAAGGUUUAUCACUAACUCAGAAACUUAUAACCUAUCAUCUAAGUUCACUACAAAAAAGGACAACGGACGAAGAAAACGUCAGCUCAAGUCUGCACAAGGAGGCUCUAGCAAAGUGGUAUUCGCUUCGAGGACGAAAUCAACAUUGCCUACGUCUCUUUUCAGAAGCUGUCAGUUCAAAACAACAGGCUCUAACCAUCAUCUUGGAACUCUUCGGUGAAGAAGAUAGGAAGACCGCCGAUGCACACUGCGAAUUAGGGUUAUCAAAAUACGCACUACGAGAUUAUAAUGCAGCUGCCGAGUCCUACAAGCGUGCACUCGACAUCGAAAUUCAAUUGCUUGGAGAAGAACACCAGGAGACCGCUAACAGUUACAAUCAGCUGGGGGUUACCCAAUAUGCACUUGGAGAUUAUACCUCAGCCGCUGAGUCACACAAGCGAGCACUCAAUAUCAGACAAAAGGUAUUGGGUGAAGAACAUGAGGUGACCGCUGAUAGCUACUCUAGCCUGGGGAUUACCCAAUGUACACUUGGAGAUCACCGCUCAGCUGUUGAGUCACACAAGCGAGUACUUAACAUCAGACAAAAGGUAUUGGGUGAAGAACAUGAGAAGACCGCUAAUAGCUACCAUAAUCUGGCGGUUACCCAAAAUGCACUUAAAGAUUACACCUCAGCCGCUGAGUCACUCAAGCGAGCACUUAACAUUAGACAAAAGGUAUUGGGUGAAGAACAUGAGGAGACCGCUGAUAGCUACUCUAGCCUGGGGCUUGCCCAAUAUGCACUUAAAGAUCACAACUCAGCCGCUGAGUCACACAAGCGAGCACUUAACAUCAGACAAAAGUUCUAUCGAUGCGCAAAAAGCGAUUACGAGAUGUCAGCCACGUUCUAUGAUAGAGCCGUGCAAGAAUGCAGAGAAGCAGGAGACAUGCAUUUAUUAGUAAUUCCGGACAAUGAUGGAGAAGCAAGUUAUGGGAAUGAAGACAGAGUACCCUCAAGUACAGAAAAUCUUGGAAACGAACCAGUUCAAGUUGCAGUGACCUAUCUUGUGCGCAAAGCUAUUGCAAAAAUAUCUUCAGCUAAAAUCAUUAAGUUUUCAAUCAAGUUCCUGUUCGGAAUGCUUCAAGGUACUGAGUCAACCAAUGAAAUGACCAAGCCGGGCUUGUUUAAAUUUGAAGAAAACACCAUUAGCAUGCUGAUAAAUUCGCAUAAUUAUCAGGAAGGUUUAUCACUAACUCAGAAACUUAUAACCUAUCAUCUAAGUUCGCUACAAAAAGAAAUUACGGAUGAAGAAAACGUCCGCUCAAGUCUGCACAAGGAGGCUCUAGCAAAGUCGUAUUUGCUUCGAGGACAAAAUCAACAUUGCCUGCGUCUCUUCUCAGAAGCUGUCAGUUCAAAACAACACGCUCUAAACAUCAUCUUGGAACUCUUCGGUGAAGAAGAUAGGAAGACCGCCCAUGCACACUGCGAAUUAGGGUUCUCAAAACACGCACUACGAGAUUAUAACGCAGCUGCCGAGUCCUACAAGCGUGCACUCGACAUCGAUAUUCAAUUGCUUGGAGAAGAACACCAGGACACCGCUAACAGUUACAAUCAGCUGGGGGUUACCCAAUAUUCACUAGGAGAUUAUACCUCAGCUGCAGAGUCACACAAGCGAGCACUUAACAUCAGAAAAAAGGUGUUGGGUGAAGAACAUGAGAAAACCGCUAAUACCUACCAUGAUCUGGCGGUUACCCAAUAUGCACUUAAAGAUUACACCUCAGCCGCUGAGUCACACAAGCGAGCACUCAAUAUAAGACAAAGGGUAUUGGGUGAAGAUCAUGAAAAGACUGCUGAAAGCUACAAUGAGCUAGGGACUACCCAAUAUGCACUGGACGAUUACACCUCAGCCGCUGAGUCAGAGAAGCGAGCACUUAACAUCAGACAAAGGGUAUUGGGUGAAGAACAUGAGGAGACCGCUAAUAGCUACCGUAAUCUGGGGGUUACCCAAUAUACACUUAAAGAUUACACCUCAGCCGCUGAGUCACACAAGCGAGCACUUAACAUCAGACAAAAGGUAUUGGGUGAAGAACAUGAGGAGACCGCUGAUAGCUACCAUAAUCGGGGGGUUACCCAAUAUGCACUUGGAGAUUACACCUCAGCCGCUGAGUCACACAAGCGAGCACUCAAUAUCAGAAAAAGGGUAUUGGGUGAAGAACAUGAAAAGACUGCUGACAGCUACAAUAAGCUAGGGGCUACCCAAUAUGCACUUGACGAUUACACCUCAGCCACUGAGUCACACAAGCGAGCACUUAACAUCAGACAGAAGGUGUUGGGUGAAGAACAUGAGGAGACUGCUAAUAGCUACUGUAAUCUAUGGGCUAUCCAAGUUGCACUGAAAGAGUACACCUCCGCCGCUGAGUCUCAGGAGCGAGCACUUAACAUCAGACAAAAAGUGUUGGGUGAAGAACAUGAGAAGACUGCUGACAGCUACCAUAAUCUGGGGGUUACCCAAUAUGCACUUAAAGAUUACACCUCAGCCGCUGAGUCACACAAGCGAGCACUUAACAUCAGACAAAAGGUAUUGGGUGAAGAACAUGAAAAGACUGCUGACAGCUACCAUAAUCUGGGGGUUACCCAAUAUGUACUUGGAGAUCACUGCUCAGCUGUUGAGUCACACAAGCGAGCACUUAACAUCAGACAAAAGGUAUUGGGUGAAGAACAUGAGAGGACUGCUGACAGCUAUUAUAGCCUGGGAUUACCCAAUAUGCACUUAAAGAUUACACCUCAGCCGCUGAGUCACACAAUCGAGCACUUAACAUCAGACAAAAGGUAUUGGGUGAAGAACAUGAGAGGACUGCUGACAGCUAUGAUAGCCUGGGGGUGAACUAAUAUGCACUUAAAGAUUACACCUCAGCCGCUGAGUCAGACAAGCGAGCACUUACCAUCAGGCAAAAGGUAUUGGGUAAAGAACAUGAGAGGACUGCUGACAGCUAUGAUAGCCUGGGGGUUAACCAAUAUGCACUUAAAGAUUACACCUCAGCCGCUGAGUCAGACAAGCGAGCACUUACCAUCAGGCAAAAGGUAUUGGGUGAAGAACAUGAGAGGACUGCUGACAGCUAUGAUAGCCUGGGGGUUAAC